AUGGCUGCGUCUCAGACCCUCUCUUCUUCCCUCUCCAAACCCUCCCCUCUAUCUCCCCGUCUCAACCACACCCGUUUCUACCCCAAACCCACCCCCCCUUACCUCCUCCACAACACCACAAACCCCUUUUUCACACUCUCCUCCAAAAACCCACUUUCCGACAUCAUCAUCUCAAACAAAAACCAAACGUCCCAUGAUGUUUUCGUCGACGACGACGACAAGCCUCGUGAGGAGUGCGGCGUUGUUGGUAUCUACGGCGACUCUGAAGCUUCCCGUCUCUGUUACUUAGCCCUACAUGCUCUCCAACACCGUGGCCAAGAAGGCGCCGGAAUCGUCACCGUUAACAACAACAUCCUUCAAUCCAUCACCGGCGUUGGCCUUGUUUCCGAUGUCUUCAACGAAUCUAAGCUCGAUCAGUUACCCGGAAGUUUAGCUAUUGGCCAUGUUCGUUACUCCACUGCUGGCCAAUCCAUGCUCAAAAAUGUUCAACCUUUCGUUGCUGGCUACCGUUUUGGUUCUGUUGGGGUUGCUCAUAACGGUAAUUUGGUUAACUAUCGCACUUUGAGAGCUAAGCUUGAAGAAAAGGGUUCCAUUUUUAACACUACUUCUGAUACUGAAGUUGUUCUUCAUUUGAUUGCUACUUCAAAGCAUAGACCUUUUAUUUUGAGAAUUGUUGAUGCGUGUGAGAAGCUUGAAGGGGCUUAUUCUAUUGUGUUUGUUACUGAGGAUAAGCUUGUUGCUGUCAGAGAUCCUUUAGGGUUUCGGCCUUUGGUUAUGGGGAGAAGAAGUAAUGGUGCUGUUGUUUUUGCUUCUGAGACUUGUGCUCUUGAUUUGAUUGAAGCUACUUAUGAGAGGGAAGUGUUCCCUGGUGAGGUUGUUGUGGUCGACGAUAACGGGAUUCAAUCGCUUUGUCUAAUGUCGCAUCCACAGCCGAAGCAAUGUAUUUUCGAGCAUAUUUACUUUGCUUUGCCUAAUUCUGUUGUUUUUGGUAGGUCUGUGUAUGAAUCGCGUAGACGAUUCGGUGAGGUACUUGCUACCGAGAGCCCUGUUGACUGUGAUGUUGUGAUAGCAGUUCCUGAUUCUGGUGUUGUUGCUGCACUUGGUUAUGCUGAAAAAGCCGGUGUUCCGUUUCAACAAGGGUUGAUUAGAUCACACUAUGUAGGAAGGACUUUCAUUGAGCCAUCUCAGAAAAUUAGGGAUUUUGGUGUGAAAUUGAAGCUUUCGCCGGUUCGUGCGGUUCUUGAAGGUAAAAGGGUUGUUGUUGUUGAUGAUUCAAUUGUGAGGGGAACAACAUCCUCAAAGAUUGUGAGGUUGCUUAAAGAAGCAGGUGCAAAAGAAGUUCACAUGAGAAUCGCAUGUCCACCAAUUAUCGGUUCUUGUUAUUACGGAGUCGAUACACCUAGCUCCGAGGAGUUGAUAUCUAACAGGAUGAGUGUUGAAGAAAUAAGAGAUUUUAUCGGAUCAGAUUCACUUGCUUUUCUUCCAAUGAACAGCUUGCAUACUAUGUUGGGGAAUGACUCUCCUAAUUUUUGCUAUGCUUGUUUCUCUGGGAAAUACCCUGUUGAACCGAGAGAGCUUAAGGUUAAACGGGUCGGUGACUUUGUCGAUGAUGGUUUGAAUGGAAGUCUGGAACAAAUUGAUGGUGGUUGGGUUCAAGCUAACCGAAAUCCAAAAGAGGUGAAUGCUUCUACUGGUGCUUGA